AUCAGGCAUCAGGUGAUCUGAACUAGGGUCCACUUUUAUGUCUAGACCCCUAAACCUCCAGUUCCGCCACUCAGCCAUCACUCGUCAUCUUGCCUGUUGCCAUCUUCAACAUCACACCCCUUUGCAUUUUUGUGUUGCAAGCGACAUCAUGGCGGAGCGCAUCUUGAUGAACGAGUUCAAGGCUCUUUCAAAAGAGAAAUGGGUCAACAUCGAGUUAAAAAGCGAAGACAUCUUUUGCUGGAAAGUCGCCCUGAUCGUGCUGAACCCUGAUUCUUUGUACUACGGCGGCUACUUUAAGGCCGUUAUGGAAUUCCCCAAGAACUAUCCAUAUUCGCCUCCAAAGUUUCGGUUUCAUCGCCCCAUAUGGCAUCCAAACAUUUACACCGACGGCAAACUAUGCAUCUCCAUCCUCCAUACACCCGGUGAAGACGAACAGUCUGGCGAACUCGCGGCAGAGCGGUGGUCUCCCGCCCAGCGUGUCGAAUCCGUUCUCAUAUCCAUCCUCUCCCUUCUCGACGACGCCGAGUGCUCCUCCCCCGCCAACGUCGAUGCGGGUGUACAACUUCGCAAGGAUCCAAAGGGAUAUCGGGAACAUGUUCGUCAGGACGUCGAAAGCUCAAAGCAAGAUAUACCCGACGGCUUUGUCAUGCCUACCUUUGAAUCCACCCUUUCCAAGCCGACUGAAAAGGAUGAUGCGGAUAAAGAAGAUCUUGAUUUCUGGGCCGAUAGUGAUGUGGACGAUGACCCGUUUGGCGGUAGCGACUCAUCUGAUGUCGACAUGGAUGAAGACGACGACGACGAAAUGGGGUCCCUCGACGAGGACGACGACGAGGAGGAUAACGAGACGGACGGCGAUACUUCAUGACUCUCCAUUAGUGCAUUUUCAGCGAGCACAGCGCAGGCGUCUACCUCCGCACAUAUUUAUUCCAUCACUCGGCAUUAACAAGUCUGCAUAGCAUGGUGUUUUAUCUAUUUCUUUUUUUCUCCCUCAAUUUCACCUCCACAAUACCCCCUUUCAGGCGCGACGGUUACUCUAGUUUCGAAUGGUUUGGUUUGGAUGGGAUUCGCGUUAUGCAAUGUAUCGAUACGCAUCUUUCUCAAUCUUCCUAGAUCAAUAGACGGCUUUGUUUCAUUCACAGAAUUUGCAGAUUAGCACCAGUAGCUUUCAAGUCACACGCCCUAAAUAAGUAAUAAGUAAAAUGCCUCUAUAAUAAUUAAUAAGAGGUAAAUCCCAUGGGCAUGCAUUGCAUGGUAUGUACCACCCAUUGGCCAAAUAUACGCAUAUCGAAGAACCAAUCCGAGAAAUAUCAACCAAUAUCCAAAAGAUUGACCAAAUCGGUGUGAAGGCACUAAGCAGCAGGCGAUGCAGUCUCAACAGGGGCAGGAGUAGAUUCUAACUGGUCCACUUUCUCAUCCUGGAUUUGUGCUUCUGCGGUUGUUGGCGCUUCGGUCCUCGCUGCUACUGGUUCUUCUGUCGUCUUCACAGGCGGAACAGGAAUAAUCGCUCGUCUAGGCUUACCCUGAUCCGUACCCAAAACCUGAAUAUGAUCAUCAAAGAAUCUGACUGGCCCCUUCAGGAAAGCCGGCUUCCCACCGGGAGUCGUAGGCGGAGACUCCAAUCCCCCUGCUAGCGCACGCGCAGCAUCGUCCAUAUUUGGCAAAUCGCCCCAUUUGAAAUCUAGAGUUCCGCCGUACUGUGAGGGGAUGGAUGAUGGUUCCAUGAAUGUUUCAAGGGUGGAUUUGACUUCGGAAGAGGAUAGGAUGAAGAUUUUGGAUACGGUGACGGGGUCAAACCAGCGUUUUAUCCAGUUCCAGACUGUGGGGAAGAAAGACG